AUGCUGGUCAGAGCCUCGUACAUGGCCGCGGAUUGCGACACACGGCGAUCCUUCACCCACCCAGAGGCACAUCAUCAACAUCAGCUACACGAACCCUUGGUAACCACCACCGCCACCUCCAGCACCACCACUAUCAACACCGUCAACAACACCAACAACGACGACAACAACAACACGCGCUCCACCAUGCCCGACUUCCAAAUCGGCGUCCAACCUCCCAAAAAGGUCCAGGCCGGCGCCUACCUCUACCCCCCGGUCGUCGCCAAGCACUCUGUCCGCCACUCGCAGUCGACCGGCGACGUCGACUACUUCGCCACGGCGGUGCUCCUCGACCGGCGCGGCGCGGUGGUGGACGGCUACCUGGAGGGCACCAAGGCGGCGAGCCGGUACGAGGUGGCCGCCAGCGGCUCCUCCGGCUCCAAGGCGGCGUCGUCAUCGUUUGUGUUUCCCUUUGCGGACCUGUCGAUAGCGCACGCGGGAACAUUUACGAUCCGCAUCGACGUGUACCAGUUCCUGCCGGGCGACUACGCAGGCGCGGAGCUGGUCGCGCAGCUGAGCACGCGGACGGUGUCUGUCGUGGCCGGCGAGACGGCGACGGAGAGUCCUUCGUCGGACGAGCGGUCGCUGAUGCGCAAGGCCCGCGAUGCGGGACUGCCGCUGCUGCCCGCGUGA